CUUUAAUUUUUUGAAAGUGUUGAAAUUGAAACCAUAUCCAUUCAUUUUCCAUUCGCUAAUCUCUCUUAUUCGUAAUAUCUCUGAUCUCUCCCCUCCGAAUUCCCUCUCGUCACAUAUUUUUCUUUCCCAAUCCGCCUGCGACUCUCUUCCUCCUCCACUCAUGGCCGCCGCAGUCCUGGAGCCGCUCGCCGUCCUCUGCCCUUCCGGAGGUGUACCGGUCUCCCCGAGAUCAGCGGCCGUUCGCUCCCCGAUCGCUCGCCGUGGGUCGUCGCUCAUCCCCCGAUUCAGCGGCCUAAGGUGCUCUUCGCGUCCUCUGAGGGUCGCGGCGAGGAGAGUGAAUGCCGUCGGGAGGUUGCCCGCCGCCGCAGUCGUGUGCGAGGCGCAGGAGACGGCAGUCCAGCUUCCAACCGUGUCUAAAGACACAUGGCAGUCGCUUGUUCUUGGUUCAGAUGUUGCCGUUCUAGUAGACUUUUGGGCUCCAUGGUGUGGACCCUGUCGAAUGAUCGAGCCGGUUGUCGUCAAAUUAGCAAAGGUUUAUGAGGGAAAACUGAAAUGCUAUAAGCUCAACACUGAUGAAAACCCUGAAAUAGCAAACGAAUACGGGAUUCGUAGCAUCCCGACCAUGAUGAUCUUCAAAAAUGGUGAGAAGAAGGAAGCUGUGAUUGGAGCCGUGCCAGAAUCAACUUUGGCAACAUCUAUUGACAAGUACAUCUAGAGGUAAGAUUGUUCUCUUCGAUGAAUGUGAGCUGUUUUUAGAAAUAUUUUCGGUGGAGCUUCAGAAGCCCAUUCUUCCAAAUUAUCUAGCUUAACGCUCUGAGGAGGAGGAGCAGAACAAAUAUUUGCAUUUGAACUUUUGUACUGUUUAAUGCAAAGCUAUAAUGCCGUUUUGGUUGGGUUUACUUCAA